UAGGUUUGAUCUUUUAAACAAUCAUUAUAAGCAUAUUAUAAAUUUUAUUAUCUUUUGUUAUAGCUAUAAUUAUAGAGCAUAUCCCAUCAAUUAUUAAUCUUUAAAUUAUUGGAAUGAUUAGUUUUAUAGAAAAUAACUGUCCUUAAAUGUGAAAUAAAAGUAAACUGGACAGAUUGCAUAAUAGGAAAGUAAUUUUGAAAAGAACAUCUGUGCCUUCAAAUUUUUACAGUUUUUUAAUAUAUUUUUAGUUUUCUAUGUUUUACUUAAUCACUAGUUAUAUAUAUAUUUUGAUGAGCAGAUUAAAAAAAAUUGUCCAAAGUAUCUACAUAGUUUUGUAAUUGAUUUACAUGAUAUCUUAGAUUUUACAGUUAAAUUACACUUACAUCGCCUGCAACAAUGGCUGAAAAAAAUGAAAAACAUGGCAAGGAAAAAGGUGUUCUUGCUAGAACAGCUACAUACACAAGUAAAAAAGCACGCCGCACAACAGCAAAGCUUAAGCAACGAGUUGGAAAAGGAGACGAAACAAAAGAUGAAGUCUUUGAUGAGUUUGUUUUGAAUUUCAAUAAGCAACAGGCUGCUGCUACUCGUUUAUACACAGAACUAAGAAACUAUCUGCGGUGUAUUACAGCCAUGCAACUUGCUGCGUCAAAUUUUGGAGAAGCAGUGAAAGAUGUUUAUGAAGAUGAAUGGUCCGGCAAAGAAUCCUUAAUACAGUACUUUAAAGAUGCAGAGAGCAAUUGGAAGUGUCUAAGCUCUCGUGUAGCAGAAGAGAUAUUGGAACCUCUUAAUUCAUAUCAAAAACCUUUUGCAGAUGUGAAACAUAAGAUACACAAAAGGGCAAGAAAACUAGUGGAUUAUGAUCACUCCAGACAUGCUGUAGAUACUCUUCGUGCAAAAGGUGCAACAAAAUCAAGUGAUGCGAAGAAACUAAAUCAGGCAGAGGAGGAAUACCAGAAAGCAAAGGACGUUUUUAUUGAGUUAACUUCAGAAUUGUACGAAGAACUACCUGCUCUAUAUGAUAGCCGCAUUGGAUUUUACGUUUCCUGUUUUCAAAGCAUCUUUACCUUGGAAGAGGUUUUCCAUAGAGACGCAUCCGUUAUUAGACAUUCGUUAAAUGACCUGAUGGACCAGUUAAUCACAGACUUUUCGGCUGGCACGUAUAGUACGAGAAAACCUUUCUCAGCUGGCCUUGAAACAACCGGCACAACAAGUGAAAAGGAAGAUACUGAUACUAAACUUUCCAGUGGUAGUCUGGCGCAAUUUUAUGACGUUGCCGUGCCGGGAAACGAUCCAAACGUUAGCGUAGAUUCUGUAGAUUCCCCUCGCAACGAACAAGCAGCAGAAAACUCGACAGGGGAGAGCUCGACGUCAGAAAACGCGACAGACGAAAACUCGAUGGCGGAAAACACAGUGACAGUAAACCAAGUACCAAGAUAUACGACAGCAGAAUCAGAAGCAGAAAAAGAUAAUAUAAACAAUGAAAAAAAAGAUGAGCCCCAAAUAGAAGUGCCACAUCAACCAGUCAGACCUGCACCUCGACCGCCACCCCCUGCACAUUUAGCACAAGCUGCGACGCUGCCAGUAAAUAGCACGCAAAAUUCCGUUCCCCCAAGUAGACCUAAACCUCCGCUCAUAAAAAAGACUGAGGAGAGGGAAAGUGGUUCUCAGAACAACGAAAACAUCGUUUCUUCGACGGUCAUUAAUUCGGAUAAUAAUACCGAGCCACACUUGGAAACAAGUGAAGAACAGUAUGAGGCGAAGGAAACAAAAUUUAAGCCAACUGUCCCUCCUCCACCGCCUGUAGCGUCUGUAUCUGCAGAGGUGCCACCGGCAGAUGAAUUAACUCAAGUUAAAGAAAGUGAAGCCACUACGAUGGAGGGAGUAACAUCAAACGUUAUAGCAUACAAGAAUAAUCUUUCGCCAACCAAUCCUAAUAAAAACAAUCUUAUUGUACCCACCUCCUUGUAUCAGGUGAUUGCUACUCAUAAGUAUACACCGGAAGAUGAAGAUGAACUCUCAUUUGAGAAAGGAGAAAUUAUUCAUGUCAUUCCUUUUGAUGAUCCAGAAGACCAGGAUGAAGGCUGGCUGCAAGGUGUUAUGGAUUCAACGGGUUUUGUAGGUGUCUUUCCAGAAAAUUUCUCCAAAAGACUGUAGUUCAGAUUGUAUGCAAGCAGAUAUUUAUAUUUUUUUAAUUGUGUUUUUUUUUGUUUUUUUUUAUA